AUGGCCAGGAUGCCCUGCAGCGACCUCUCCUCCUUCUCCAUGCGGUGGACCACGGCGACGGCGGGCGACUUUGACUUCGGCCUCCCGGUGCCAGCAGGAGGCGCUGCGUCCCCCGCGCACCUGGUCAGCGCUAGUCAAAUCUUCCGCGCUGGCAACCUCCUCCCCUGCGAGACCGCCGGCUGCUCACAACAAGACGGCCAUAUCCCGGUGGCCCGUCCCGCCGUGGCGCGGUUGUCACCGCUGUCGUCCCCCCUGUUCCACUCGACGCAGAGCACGCCGCUGUCGCUGAGAGCGUGCUCCAGCGCAACGAGCAAGCACGCCGGGCAGCGCCUGUUGGCGCGGCGGCGCCGCGGGUCGUCACCGUGGAAGGUGCUGCCGAGGCGCGCGCACAGCAGGGUGGCGCCGGCGGGGAGCCCGUCGCGCGGGUCCUCUACUGCAAGAAGUCCACCAACAUUGAUGUGUUGGGCACCCAGCUGUGAUACAGUGCUAUACCUGGACGAGAACAAGCAGCUGAUCCUGGCCAUCCUCGACAACCAGAACAACGGCGAGGUGGAGGAGUGUGCACGAUUUUUAUCAGUUGAACUAUCCCAGUUUGGGGAUUCAGAAAUCAGAAUCCCCUUUCUUGUUGACCAGGGAAAGCAGAGCAACUCUCUGCUCAGCUGA